UCUUUGAAGUCCCAGUAGUGCAAACAAAUUCCUCCCCCAGUGUGCGUCCUACCACCUUCCCGGAAUUGAUCAAACAGCUUCGUUCCAUCAUGUCUUCGCCUUCACAAUCCAUUCACAUCGUGUUCAUUCCGCUCCUGGCACAAGGUCACAUGAUUCCUAUGGUGGACAUGGCGCGAAUUUUCGCUUUACGGGGAGCAGUUGCAACUAUAUACACGACCCCUGUCAAUGCCCUCAGGUUCAGAACAACCAUCGAUCGAUCCGGCAAACUCGGAAUGCCAAUCCGGCUUGUAGAAAUCCCUUUCCCGUGUGAAGAAGUGGGGCUCCCUAUCGGGUUCGAGAAUCUCGAUAUCCUCCCGUCACCAGAGCUAUUGACCAAGUUCUAUAAUGCGCUGGGAAAAUUGCAAGAACCGAUUGAGAAGCACCUUCGAGAACAAACCCCUGCUCCUAGCUGCAUAAUAUCGGACAAAUACAUAUUUUGGUCAUCCGAAACCGCUCAAAGAUUCGGAGUUCCAAGAUUUGUUUUUCAUGCAAUGUGUUGCUUCUCCGUGUUGAGCGCUCAUAACUUGAAGCAAUUCAUUUGCUCGGAUUCGAUUACUUCUGACAUGGAACCAUUGGAGGUGCCGGGGAUGCCAAAGGGGUUCAAGAUCACAAAAGCACAGCUUCCAGGAAAUUCCGUGCGUCGACAGGAUUUCGAGGUCUUCCGUGGGAAGAUACAGGAGGCUGAAAUGGCAGCUCAAGGGGUUGUGGUCAAUAGCUUUGACGAGCUGGAGCACGGAUGCAUCGAGGCGUACCAAAAGGCGAUUGGGAAAAGAAUUUGGAGCAUUGGACCCGUUUCUUUGUGCAACAAAGAUGAGUCAGACAUGUUUCAGAGAGGAAACAAAGCCUCCAGCGAUUCAGAAAAAUGCAUGGCAUGGCUCGAUUCAAUGAGGCCAAGAUCAGUGAUUUACGCCUGCCUAGGAAGUCUAUGCCGUUUAGUCCCGUCGCAGCUGAUGGAGCUGGGGAGGGGCUUAGGAGCAUCACAACAGCCUUUUGUGUGGGUGAUCAAAAGGGAAGAGGGAGAUUCGGAAUUAGAGAGCUGGUUAAUGGAGGAAAGAUUUGAGGAAAGGAUAAAAGGAAGAGGAAUUGUGAUAAGAGGGUGGGCUCCUCAGGUCGCCAUGCUAUCUCACCCAGCAAUCGGAGGAUUCUUAACGCACUGCGGUUGGAACUCGACCUUAGAAGGCGUGUGCUCGGCGCUGCCGAUGAUAACUUGGCCUCUAUUCUCUGAGCAGUUUGUGAAUGAGGCGCUCGUGGUGGACAUACUGAAGAUCGGAGUUCGAGUGGGCGUGAAGGUGCCGGUGAGAUGGGGGGAGGAAAGGAAGGUUGGUAUAUUGGUGAAGGAAGAUGAGAUCGCGAGGGCUAUUAAUGCGCUGGUGUCUGAGGAUGAAGAAGGAGAAGAGAGAAGGAAGAGAGCAGCUGAACUUGGGGGGAAGGCAAGACAAGCAAUGCAGGAGGGAGGGUCUUCUCACUCCAAUGUGUCGCGAGUGCUGCAGUAUAUUAUGGCAGGACCAACCCAAGAAGCUGUUUGAGGCAUCAUAUAGAUCAUGUGAUUAAGUAGAUAUGAAUCGUGGAUUGAAUAAGAAUUGCAUUCGACUGAGUGCACGGAAUACAAUAUGUUGUGCUUCUUUCAGACUUGACCGUUCCGUAUCAAUUUAGCCACUGUGCGUCAAGCCGCAUGAAACUCAUGUUGCAAAUGACUGGACUUUUAUCA